AUGCUGCCCAUGAUCAGGGAGGCCGGGGUACACCGCUCCCUUGUUCUUGCCCACGCCCAGGGGUUCGUCCCGGACCAUCGACGUGACCUCAUCCGGAUUGCUGAAGGCAAGAUGUUGGGGAAGUCCAGCCCUGCAAAACAAACACCGACGCGCGUCAUGCCUGCCUCUGCAGACUCCAGAUUGAUGGAUGUGACUUCUGCUUGCCACGAAGAUGUGGUCAUGGCGCCUUUUCGUGGUGACUGCUGCGACCUCCCAGGACGGCCUUCCCGUUGUCUAGAUGAUGCCGAGCUCUUCCAGCAGAUGAAGAAAAUGGUGGAAGAGGGCGCCCCUGUUGCGUCGGGCCUGGAUGUUCCUCGCUUUGCUCCAGAAAUCUCGGACGGGAUAAUAAAGCUCGUCGUUGCUCUCCGCAAAGACCGCAGCGAUGGAGCUGCGCCUUCUUCCCACGAGAGCUCCCUCAGCUGGGAGUGGCCUCCAGUGCCUGCCUUUCAGGCGCCUGCCUUUCAGGCGAUCAGCAUCAGGCCCGCGUGCUCCUCUUGCUCCAUCCUUCCAGUUGGUUUGCACUUGCUUGCUCCGGCCGACGGCCACACGCGUGCGCCCGACAGCUUCUCCAGCUGUCUGCAUAAGACAGCGACCGGAGGAGACCGGCAGAGGCCUUCUUCAGUGCUCUUUACCGGUGUGGUUAAGUCACGUGGCAUGAUCCCACCAGUGCCAUCUCUUGUGCCUGUGAUCACUCCAGUGACGCCAACCGUGGCCGCAACGAAGAUUGCGAUUUCCAGGGUCCGUUUGGAUGAUUCUUGGGGUGCUCACCUUGAGAGGAGGCUUAGUGCUGCCAUACAAAAGUGGGUUGCCUUAGUGGUUGAGGAUCCUUUCUCUUUUGACGUCGGUAGGCGGUGUGCUGCUUUCGUGGGAAAUGACGAGGCGAUUUCUCAGGGCCUUCUGCACACUUUUUCGGGCAAAUCGGCAGGUACCUUGCACAGCCGGGCUGGGCCUCUCAUCAGGUUUGUUGCCUGGGCCAAGGCUCGCCAGUGCAAGCCCCUACCCUUCAGCGAGGCGCUUUUGUAUGAUUUUCUGCUUGAAUCCGAGAGCACUUGUGCGCCGUCAUUCGGAAAGGCAUUGAUGUCUGCACUUGCAUUUUGCAAAUUUGUGCUAGGCGUUGAGAAUGCUUCUGAUGUUCUGAGCAGUGGUCGGUUUGGGGGCUUGGCUCGUUCGAUGUUCCUGAACAAAAGGAAGCGACGACAGAAGCCACCCCUCACUGUCGAUAUGGUGAAGGCCCUUGAGAGAUUGGUGAUCUCCGAACGUGAAGGAGAUAUCGACAGGCUGUGUGCAGGGUUCUUCCUCGUUUGUGUUUUCCUCCGAGCAAGGUAUAGCGAUGCUCAAGGUCUGAAGAAUCUUGCAAUCGACGAGCCUGAAGGUUUUGCUGGCCGCUUGACAGGAUAUUUUCAAGGGGAAGCUUCAAGGACAAAGACGAGUUUCUCGCUGGAAAGGAAGACGGCUCUGCUCCCGAUGGUUGGGCCACUUUUCGGCUUGACUGCGGUUCCUUGGUUUAAGACAUGGUUAGGUCUCCGCGAGGACAUGGGCAUCCCUGAAGGCGAGGACUUUCCUCUGCUGCCGAGUCGUGGGCUAGAAGGGGGUUGGGCUCCGAUCCCACCUUCGGCUACGGUGGCCGCUGCAUGGUCGCUGGAGGCUGUCAUCCAGGACAUCAGGCAAGGCCUGUUUUUGCCGGACGUCACUCGGUCGGGUUACUUCCCGAACCAGCCGCAGAGGGAGCCUGGGCCUGAGUUUGUUGAGGAGCCAUCAGAGUCCGAAGUUUCGCUCGAUGAAGAGGACAAUGUGCAGGACUUGAGAGCGGAGGAAGCGGCCGCUGAUCAGGUUGUGCCGCCUUGGGCUGAACUUGUGGUUCAGGAUCCUGAUGCUCUGGUUUAUGUCCGUCACAUAACUUCAAGGAAGUUGCACCGCCUCGCUGACGAGAGUGGGAAUCGGCUGAAGUGCGGAAAGGCGUGCGCGCGAAAGUUCGAGAGGGGCAGCCGGAUCACUCGGCAAAUGGGUCGUGUCUUUGUGACGCAGCCGGAUAGACUCGGCUAUGCAUUCACCGGACAAUUCGCCAUGGCCAUCACCGAGAGCAAGGCAAACUUUUCUUCCAGGGCGACGGCCUUGGGGUUGGCCGCUGACGUUUUGAAGAAGUUCACUGAUGCCGGUAUUGACUGCGUGAGCAAAUUUGCCUUCAUUAGUGCGUUCGUGCCUGGCAACACCGAUGAGUCCCCUUUUACCGAUGCAGUUGCUGGGGUUUUGGGGCGCGCUGCUAAUGUGGCAGAGUUGAGCGUGCUGCGCAGGCUUCUUCAUGAAAGCUACAACCUCACUGUCUCAGAGCUUCAGGUGCAGGUUGAAAGAACGGAAGAUUCUGCUCCGAGGCGGUUGGCGGCUCCCGAUCGAGCCGAUAGGCUUCAGCGGCAACAAGUCAGGCUUGCUGGCCUGAACAUCCAUGGCCCGACUCUCCCUGGUCAUUCGGUCAUCGAUCGUUGCGUUCAGAUGUAUGAGGAUAACUCUCUUUCAUACCUACCUUUGCAGUCUUGUCCCUGCCGGGAUGAUGAAGUGAAGUUCAAGAAGGACCGAGAUGACAAGAUGCUUGCUGUGGAUGGCACGGGGCACGUGUCUCUUAGGUCGCAGGCCGUGAAAGUGGAGGCCGAUGUGUCCACUGACCUUUUGCUUAAGCAUGCACUUACUCGUCGUGGGCUUGCGUUGGACCAAGCUGGCAUUCUGAGCUUCGCGGAGCAUGAGCGUUGGUCUGAGGCGUUGUUUCAGGCUCGAUUUCGUGAUCCACCAGACCAGUAUGCCCGUGUCACGCUCCAGCAACUCAUCCAGGCUGACAGGCAGGUUUUUGUUGAAGCAGCUGAUCGGACCCGCCAGGGGAUUCAGGUGGUGGCUUCCGGGCGACCGGUCGAUCGCAUUUGGAGUGACGCCAUGUCUUGCAACAAUGUCACUCACCUGCUGCAACCCUUGCCCUUGCCUCCGCCUGCUCCUUUGCAUCCGCGGCCUGGGCCCUAUGAUGACCGCAGGGGUUUGAAGGGUCGCGGUAAGGGUAAAGGGAAAGGAAAGGGUAAGGGAAAUGUGCGUAUACCUGCUGAGCUGUCCGAUGGGGUGCCAGUCACCGCCCGGGGCUUGCCCAUCUGCUUCGACCACAACUUGGGGCGGUGCCAGCGUCCCGUCACUAGUGGGAAGUGCGACCGUGGCCUUCACAUUUGCUCUGAGGCGCAGGUUCACGUGACUGAUGAUAAAGAUGUAGCACAGCUCGGUGAGGAGCUUGUGCUCUCUUCUUCCGAUGAUGAGAUCCCUGAAGGGGAGUCAUCACCGAAGCAGGUCCCGUGCUCGGCCUCAGUUCCGCCUCAACCGCUUUCCGACAACCCCGAAGCUUUUGCGUCUCAGCUGCUCAAGCAGACGUGGCUUGAGGCGAGCGAUGUUUUGCAGCUUUUUGAGAUGUUACCAAUGGCCGCGCCCCAGCGUGGAACUGAGGGCAAGGCUUUUGCUACCGGAGCGUUUGCUCGGGUCAAGGUCAAUGGCAAGCAGCAGAAGGGAGUUCUCUUGCCCGUGGGAACCGAACCCGUGCUGUUUGAUGCACGCCGUGCUCUGCAUCUCACUGAACCUUGGCAAGGCCGCCGUGUGGUCUUAGUGGCCUUUUCUAUCGGUGCAUUUUCGAAGCUGUCCAACGAGGCUUCUGACCGCUUGUCUGCACUGCAGUUUAACUUGCCAAGCCAGCCCGAUGCUGAUGCUUUUCAAGAGCGCCCGCAAUUGCCGGUGCGUCUUCCCUGGCCGCCUCGGUUGCCCAUCCUUGCAUCUGUGCCUUCGGUUCCCGACAUUCCUAAGCCGGCUGCUGGUGAGCCCUUGUUCUUGGAGCUAUGUGCUGGUACUGCCAUGUUGUCGCGUUGCUUUCAUGAGGUCGGCGUCCCGGUCAUGCCCAUUGACCAUCAGCGCAAUCGGCAUCUUCCGUUGGCUAAGGUGUGUAACCUCAGCCUCACUGAGGACUCGACCUGGGACUUCCUGAGACACUUGAUUGAUACUUGUGACAUCCUGUUUGUGCAUGCCGCUCCACCGUGUGGCACAUGCUCUAUGGCCAGGCAUAUCCGGCGCAAGGGUGUGUCUGCUGGUCCCCUUCGCUCAAAGCAGUUCCCUAUGGGCUUGCCGUCCCUGACUGGAGUCGACCGGGCAAAGGUCGAGGUUGCCUCAGGUGGAAAGGUGCAUUUCCCUACGGCAGACGAAGCGGCAUACCCGCGUCCGUUCUGCGUGCAAUUUGUGGCGCUGGUUUUCCGCCACCUUGGGCGGUCCCUGCCAGCCACGCCUGCCCCUCAGGUGUCAGCUCAGGCGUCUGCUUCUUCAGCUCGCCAGCCCCGUGGGCGUCGCAUCCCUCCUGUCAUGCCUGAGUUUAAGCGUGUGCUCGUGUAUCAGGUUGCUGCGUUGCCCCAGGUGGAUCACAAGCGUCGCUUGCUGCAACCUUUGCGGGAUGCCCCGGCGGGCUCCAAGCUUAUCUCCUCGACGUCUUUGCUUUCUGAGGUGGGGUUGAAAAGCGCCUCGGAGACACCGGUUCAGGCAGAUGCACUAGUCGUAGAUUCGAGCUCGUCUGAGUCAGAUGACACUGCGUCUCCUGUGGGCCCGGAUGACCAGGCCAGUGUGUGCUUUGAAGUGUCGCUGGGUGUGUAUGCUUCCCCCGAAGAACUUGUGGAAGAAUGCCUGAACGUAGGGCACCCCUUUGAUCAGCUGCAUGCUGCGCCUGAUGUGCUCAAACAGUGCCUUUUUGACAUGCUGACCAAGGGGCCUGCUUGGGUAGUGGAUCGUAGGGCAAAGCUGCUCAAGAAGUGGACCCAGUGGGCUCGCGACCUUGAGGCCGAGGAAGCAGGCCUUCGCAAGUCGUUAGACCCUGAGGUUGCAAAGGUGUUGCAAGGGAAAAGGCUCCUGCUUCUUGAGAAGAUUGCGUCGUCAAUCGGCUGGGUUGACAUGGGCGUUUUUGCUGAGCUUAGGAAGGGCUUUGAUUUGGUGGGGCAUGCAAAGCACACGGGAGUUUUCGCGCUUGAGCCCAGGCCUUCGAAGCUUCCUAAGGAUGACUUUCUUGCUGCCACAAAAUUUCUUAAGCCCGCCCUGCUGGGUAAGGUAAAAUCGUCGUCCGUGGAUCGCAACGCGCGUGAGCUGUGGGAAAAGACGAUGCAGGAGGUGGAGAGUGGUAUGUUGGAGGGACCUCUGUCGUCGCAGCAGCUGGAUGAUAGGCAUCCCUCUGGCUGGUUGCCCACUCGGCGUUUCGGGGUGGAACAGACUUCUGCUGCUGGACGCAAGCUGCGGCCUGUUGAUGAUUUCACCGAGAACAAGGUGAAUCUUGCCUUUGGGUCUAUGGACAAGCUGGACUUGAAUGCGCUUGAUCAACUUAUCUGCACCUGCCGCAUUUGGGCAAGGGCCAUGUGUGGGGGGCAUGAUUGUCAGCUCGCGCUUUCCUCGGGGCUUGUGCUCAAAGGCCGUGUGCAUCCUGGUUGGAAGAAGGCGGGGCAUCAGCCGCUUUUAACCACACUUGAUCUUCGAGCUGCUUACAAACAGUUCGCCGUGUCGGCCGACUCGCGAGCUUGGGCAGUUAUCGCUUUGCUUAACCCUGAUACGCUGGUGCCGGGCCUUUUCGAGUCGAAGGCGUUGCCUUUUGGCAGCGCGGCCUCGGUGCUGCAUUUCAACCGUCUCUCGAGAUUGUUGUGGAGGUUGGGGGUUGAGCUUUUGAUCCCAUGGGGAAACUUUUUCGACGACUUCCCUGCAAUGUCACCGAGUGCCAUCUCAGACAAUACCAUGAGUACAAUGACUGCCUUGUGUUCCCUUCUCGGGUUCGCCUUCGCUGACGACAAGCUUAGCCCCUUUCAGCCUGAACUCGUGGUGUCUCUUGAAGAGUUUCUGCGCGAGGGAGCGAUCUCUCGAAAGCGUUACCUCAGUCUCAUGGGUCGGCUCCACUACACUGACUCAUACAUACUUGGUAAGUCGGGCCGUUUGAUCAUGGCGGACAUUCGCUCGUGGGCAAAGGGGCAUUGUUCUGACGAGUUGGUCUUGGACGAUGCAGCAAGGGAUUCGCUGCGUCUGUUCAUUGCGCGUCUCCGUGCUUGUGAGCCUCGCCAGGUGCCUUGUGGAGUGGCAAGCCACGUUGUGCACGUCUUCACGGAUGGCGCCAGUGAGGGUGAGGUGCACUCGAUUGGUGGGGUCCUUGUAGUGCAAGGAAGGUUGCAUUCUUGCUUUGGGUCUUUUGUUCCCGAUCACUUGAUCAGCAAAUGGACCUCCACGAUGCGACACAUUAUCGGGCCAGUUGAAUCAUAUGCAGUUGCGGUGGCAAGGAGAGUUUGGCACCAAUUCAUUGCUUCGCAGCGCGCUCUGUUUUUCAUCGAUAAUGUGCAGGCACAAGACUCCUACAUAAAGGGCACCUCUGCAAACCCUCACGUGCGGGAAAUCCUCCUUUCUUUCGAGGAGUCGGAAAAACUUUCCCCUUCCUGGACGUGGUUCGCCCGAGUGGCGAGUCCAAGCAAUGUCGCAGACGAGCCGUCACGUGCUGCCUUCGGGUUUUUGCAUAAGGUUCAUUGUCGCAGGGUCACUCCCUCGUGUCCCAUUAGUGGUUUUGACCUUGUUGAUCUUGGCGCCCUUGGAAAAAUUUGA